AUGAGCCGGAGUAGCACCACCGCAGCAAAGCACGGAGGCAUCCAGGCACCACGAAGGAGCAUCCAGGCACCACGGAGGCAUCCAGACACCACGGAGGAGCAUCCAGGCACCACGGAGGCAUCCAGGCACCACGGAGACAUCCAAGCACCACGGAGGAGCAUCCAGGCACCACGGAGGCAUCCAGGCACCACGGAGGAGCAUCCAGGCACCACGGAGGCAUCCAGGCCCCACGGAGGAGCAUCCAGGCCCCACGGAGGAGCAUCCAGGCCCCACGGAGGAGCAUCCAGGCACCACGGAGGCAUCCAGGCCACACGAGGGAGCAUCCAGGCACCACGGAGGCAUCCAGGCACCACGAAGGAGCAUCCAGGCACCACGGAGGAGCGUCCAGGCACCACGGAGGCAUCCAGGUACCACGGAGGCAUCAAGGCACUACGGAGGCAUCCAGGCACCACGGAGGCAUCCAGGCACUACGGAGGCAUCAAGGCACCACGGAGGAGCAUCCAGGCACCACGGAGGCAUCCAGGCACCACGAAGGAGCAUCCAGGCACCACGGAGGAGCGUCCAGGCACCACGGAGGCAUCCAGGUACCACGGAGGCAUCCAGGCACUACGGAGGCAUCCAGGCACCACGGAGGCAUCCAGGCACUACGGAGGCAUCCAGGCACUACGGAGGCAUCCAGGCACCACGGAGGCAUCCAGGUACCACGGAGGCAUCCAGGCACCACGGAGGCAUCAAGGCACCACGGAGGAGCAUCCAGGCACCACGGAGGCAUCCAGGCACCACGAAGGAGCAUCCAGGCACCACGGAGGAGCGUCCAGGCACCACGGAGGCAUCCAGGCAUCCAGGCACUACGGAGGCAUCCAGGCACCACGGAGGCAUCCAGGUACCACGGAGGCAUCCAGGCACUACGGAGGCAUCCAGGCACCACGGAGGAGCAUCCAGGCACCACGGAGGCAUCCAGGCACCACGAAGGAGCAUCCAGGCACCACGGAGGAGCGUCCAGGCACCACGGAGGCAUCCAGGUACCACGGAGGAGCAUCCAGGCAUCACGGAGGAGCGUCCAGGCACUACGGAGGCAUCAAGGCACCACGAAGGAGCAUCCAGGCACCACGGAGGAGCGUCCAGGCACCACGGAGGCAUCCAGGUACCACGGAGGCAUCCAGGCACUACGGAGGCAUCCAGGACCCACGGAGGAGCAUCCAGGCACCACGGAGGCAUCCAGGCACUACGGAGGCAUCCAGGCCCCACGGAGGCAUCCAGGUACCACGGAGGCAUCCAGGCACUACGGAGGCAUCCAGGCACCACGGAGGCAUCCAGGCACUACGGAGGCAUCAAGGCACCACGGAGGAGCAUCCAGGCACCACGGAGGCAUCCAGGCACCACGAAGGAGCAUCCAGGCACCACGGAGGAGCGUCCAGGCACCACGGAGGCAUCCAGGUACCACGGAGGCAUCCAGGCACUACGGAGGCAUCAAGGCACCACGGAGGAGCAUCCAGGCACCACGGAGGCAUCCAGGCACCACGAAGGAGCAUCCAGGCACCACGGAGGAGCGUCCAGGCACUACGGAGGCAUCAAGGCACCACGGAGGAGCAUCCAGGACCCACGGAGGAGCAUCCAGGCACCACGGAGGCAUCCAGGCACUACGGAGGCAUCCAGGCACCACGGAGGAGCAUCCAGGCACCACGGAGGCAUUCAGUCACCACGAAGAAGCAUCCAGGCACGACGGAGGAGCAUCUAGGCACCACGGAGGCAUCUAGGUACCACGGAGGCAUCCAGGCACUACGGAGGCAUCCAGGCCCCACGGAGGAGCAUCCAGGCACCACGGAGGCAUCCAGGCACCACGAAGGAGCAUCCAGGCACCACGGAGGAGCGUCCAGGCACCACGGAGGCAUCCAGGUACCACGGAGGCAUCGAGGCACUACGGAGGCAUCCAGGCACCACGGAGGCAUCCAGGCACUACGGAGGCAUCCAGGCACCAUGGAGGAGCAUCCAGGCACCACGGAGGCAUCCAGUCACCACGAAGAAGCAUCCAGGCACGACGGAGGAGCGUCCAGGCACCACGGAGGCAUCCAGGUACCACGGAGGCAUCCAGGCACUACGGAGGCAUCCAGGCCCCACGGAGGAGCAUCCAGGCACCACGGAGGCAUCCAGGCACCACGAAGGAGCAUCCAGGCACCACGGAGGAGCGUCCAGGCACCACGGAGGCAUCCAGGUACCACGGAGGUAUCCAGGCACUACGGAGGCAUCCAGGACCCACGGAGGAGCAUCCAGGCACCACGGAGGCAUCCAGGCACUACGGAGGCAUCCAGGCACCACGGAGGCAUCCAGGCACUACGGAGGCAUCCAGGCACCACGGAGGCAUCCAGGUACCACGGAGGCAUCCAGGCACUACGGAGGCAUCCAGGCACCACGGAGGCAUCCAGGCACUACGGAGGCAUCCAGGCCCCACGGAGGAGCAUCCAGGCACCACGGAGGCAUCCAGGCACCACGAAGGAGCAUCCAGGCACCACGGAGGAGCGUCCAGGCACCACGGAGGCAUCCAGGUACCACGGAGGCAUCCAGGCACUACGGAGGCAUCCAGGACCCACGGAGGAGCAUCCAGGCACCACGGAGGCAUCCAGGCACUACGGAGGCAUCCAGGCCCCACGGAGGCAUCCAGGUACCACGGAGGCAUCCAGGCACCACGGAGGCAUCCAGGCACCACGGAGGCAUCCAGGCACUACGGAGGCAUCCAGGACCCACGGAGGAGCAUCCAGGCACCACGGAGGCAUCCAGGCACUACGGAGGCAUCCAGGCCCCACGGAGGCAUCCAGGUACCACGGAGGCAUCCAGGCCCCACGGAGGCAUCCAGGUACCACGGAGGCAUCCAGGCCCCACGGAGGCAUCCAGGCACCACGGAGGCAUCCAGGCACUACGGAGGCAUCCAGGACCCACGGAGGAGCAUCCAGGCACCACGGAGGCAUCCAGGCACUACGGAGGCAUCCAGGCCCCACGGAGGCAUCCAGGUACCACGGAGGCAUCCAGGCCCCACGGAGGCAUCCAGGUACCACGGAGGCAUCCAGGCACUACGGAGGCAUCCAGGACCCACGGAGGAGCAUCCAGGCACCACGGAGGCAUCCAGGCACUACGGAGGCAUCCAGGCCCCACGGAGGCAUCCAGGUACCACGGAGGCAUCCAGGCACCACGGAGGCAUCCAGGCCCCACGGAGGCAUCCAGGCCCCACGGAGGAGCAUCCAGGCACCACGGAGGCAUCCAGGCACCACGAAGGAGCAUCCAGGCACCACGGAGGAGCGUCCAGGCACCACGGAGGCAUCCAGGUACCACGGAGGCAUCCAGGCACUACGGAGGCAUCCAGGCCCCACGGAGGAGCAUCCAGGCACCACGGAGGCAUCCAGGCACCACGAAGGAGCAUCCAGGCACCACGGAGGAGCGUCCAGGCACCACGGAGGCAUCCAGGUACCACGGAGGCAUCCAGGCACUACGGAGGCAUCCAGGACCCACGGAGGAGCAUCCAGGCACCACGGAGGCAUCCAGGCACCACGAAGAAGCAUCCAGGCACGACGGAGGAGCGUCCAGGCACCACGGAGGCAUCCAGGUACCACGGAGGCAUCCAGGCACUACGGAGGCAUCCAGGCCCCACAGAGGAGCAUCCAGGCACCACAGAGGCAUCCAGGCCCCACGGAUCCAGACACCACUCCACUGGCUGAGAGGACGAGCGAUCGCAACGCAUGGCGUUCCAAUACUCACAGGAAGCAGGAGACGAGCCGGGCUCAGGUGUUUGCAGUUAGUCAUACAAGUAGCCAGCACCAGUCUGGUGUAUAG